CUACACUUAAAAAAGAGUUACAAGACUGAAAACAAAACUAAACAAAAACCGAAAUCGGAGAACCUUCGCCGCCGGCGGAGAAAGAAACAUUUCCGGCAACGAAAUGGCGAACUCCGGUAGUGGCAGUUCGGGCGUGAGAUUGGACGAGUCGUUUCGUGCUGUGCCGACGGUGUACCUGACGUUCCUAUCGAUCUGGUUCGUCUCUGCAUUCUCUUGGACAGCUUACACUUACAGGAAUCGCCAUUCUCAGUGCAAUAAGUUGCAGUGGACUCUUACUUCGGUUCCAUUGAUGAAAGCAUUGCAGCUCAUGCUAUCCUUUCUCUUCUGGUACCCAUGCUACAAUUUUCAAGCAUGUUCUUUAUGGAUGUCAUUUGGAGUGUAUGUAACUGGGGUGCUAUUUCAGACAGCUGCUUUUGUCUCCUUUCUGCUCAUAUCUCAUGGUUACUGCAUCAUGUGUGAGCGUCUUUCUCUAAAUGAACGGCGAACAACUGCGGCGCUGGCGUGUGUGUUUUACUUGACACUAGUUGGUUACAAGGCUUGUGUGCCAUACUUCACUGUACUUCUGCUACUAAAUUAUUUUAUUUCAUUCUAUGUGAUUUUCCACCAUAUCUCCCAAAACCUGCUAGUGUUGCGAGAACAAUUGAGCAUUAUAGAAAAUGAAGAUGUUCAUACAAUGCAUGAUGCUGUGUAUAAGAAGUACACAAUGUUCAAGAAAUUUCAGGGUGCAAUGCAGAUUGUAGCUAUGGCAGAAAUUGUGAUAUGCAUGAAUGUGGACGACUCUUCGGAGAAUUACUGGAUUCGCAUAUUAAUCAGAGAAUGGGUGCAACUCUGCAUCUUUUUGUACAUAGGAUGGAUUUUCAAGUCACAAGAUUUGGCACCACACUUCUCUAUUAUGCCUGCCACAAAAUGUAAAGGCGAGACUCUGGUGCCUCCCACCUACAGUAUUGAAAUGGAUGCAGCAACUUUUAAAGAAUUUAGUAGUCAUGAAUGGCACAUUGGGGUGCCAACUUCUAGUUCACAUUAUCAAAGCUCCAAAGAUGAAGUUCUAGUAAUCAUUCAGCACCCAGGUGCACAGAGGUCAAGUAAAAAGCUCGAUUUUUGUUCUCACAAGACUGAAUGUUAUGUUGUAUCAGAUCUUCAUACGAAUUCAUAUUCAAAUCAAGUAGAACUACACUGAUUAAUUGUACUUUGCAUUUCUUGCUUAUGCCUUUUUCUUGCAGUUGGCAAGGGCAUGAAUUAUAGUAUAUCUAUAUCCAAGAUUAUUAAUUAGGAUUAGGAAUAGAGUUAAGGGUACAGCAAUGAGGUUUAGCUCAUUUACCAAAUGUUAGAGAUUAGAGGCAGCUGCAAAUAUGUAUAAAUACAUUAUGAAAAGCAAUGAUAAAUGUGUAUAUUAUUCUU